UGCCGUGAGCGCGCUAAUAGUGCUGUGAACGUGUUUCAGACUGUAGUCAAUGUUAAUUAGCUUUAUGAAUGGUUCUAUUAUUAUAUAAUACUAUUAGUUAUAACAAUAUUUUGUAAUAACAGUCUGAAAAAGGCUUUUUACGGCCUAAUUUCUGUUUUCUCUGUAUGCUAUCAGGGUUAUAGAGUUUCAGUAAUGGCAUAUCCGAAUGCAAUGUUUGGUUCUACUGAUUCUGGAUCUGAAAUAAAUCCUGAUGUUCGACAAUGGUUCUCAACGGUGGAUAGAGAUGGAAGUGGACGAAUAACAGCUAAGGAAUUACAAUCAGCAUUAGCUAAUGGUCAAGGAGGUACUUUUUCUGAUACAGCAUGCAAGUUAAUGAUUGGUAUGUUUGAUAAAGAAAAGAACGGUACUAUAAGUGUGUUGGAAUUUCAAGCUCUUUAUAAUUAUAUAAAUGCUUGGCUUGGUGUUUUUCGUGGUUUUGACCAUGAUAAUUCAGGCAGUAUACAAGAAAAUGAACUAAAUGCAGCUUUAACACAAAUGGGUUAUAGACUUAGUCCAGAGUUCAUUCAAUUUCUCAUAAAAACGAGUGAUCUUCGUGGUCAUCAAUCUAUUACUGUUGACCAGUUUAUAGUUUUAUGUGUUCAAAUACAAACGUUUACAGAAGCAUUUAGGACUAGAGACACAGAUCAAACUGGAACAAUCACGAUUGGAUUUGAAGAUUUUUUGGGAGUAGCUCUUAGUUGCAACAUAUAAUAACUAUUAAGCAUA